AUGGGAAAUUCGCCCAGUAAAGAUGGCAGUUCAACCUCUUCUGUGACAACCAGCGGCUCAUCUCCGGAUGAUCCAGACCCGUCGCGUAAGCCGCGACCUGAUAAGACACAUUUAACCAACGAGCUGCGCAGCAGCAAACACAACAUUAAUACCAUUAACGACAAUAGUGGUCGACUUAUGCAAACGCAUACGACGGCCACAGCUACUGAUGAAAUCAACGAUGAUGGUACGACCUCACUGGUAUCCCCAUUCGACGACGAGAACGGCGUAUCCUCUUGGAUGAUUUCGAAGCAACCUUGUCCUGAAGAUGACAAUUCCUACGGGCUAGAAAUUGCCGCUUCCAUGGCACAAACGUUGAAUAUAUCGAGGUCCCCACUAAGGGAUGUUACUGAGGAUGUAUGCUCUUCUUUGGACAGCAAUACAGAUUCCUGCUUUACCAAUGGCUCUUCCUCUUCGAUUAGUUCUACCACCACUCCGCCACACUCAAAAGAAACUACUCUUUAUCCAAUAGCAGAGCAAAGCAAAGAAUCCACACCGGAUUUAAAGUCUUCGAAGAUUUCAAAGUCUCCGAAUGCUGCUGAAAGUCUGGCUCAUUUUUUAGCAAAGGAUGUCUCCAAAGGUAACACCGUUUCUUUUACAAAAAAGCCUUCUACGUUUGCAGUGAAUAUUGAUGGAGUCAUUGAAAGGUUAGUUGAGGCAGGAUUGGCCAAGAAAUCUCCGAAAAAAUUCAUGGUUUCUGGUGCGGAGAUAAAAGCUAUAUGUGCAAAAGCGAGAGAUGUUUUCAUGAGGCAGCCGACCUUAUUGGAACUCGCUGCUCCUGUGAAAAUUGUUGGAGAUAUUCAUGGUCAAUUCAACGAUCUCAUUCGCAUUUUCAAGCUAUGUGGUUUUCCGCCGAAUGCCAACUACUUGUUUUUGGGUGACUACGUUGACAGGGGUAAACAAUCCCUAGAAACUAUCAUUCUUCUUUUGUGUUUGAAAAUCAAGUAUCCGGAGAACUUCUUCAUGUUGAGAGGAAAUCACGAAAGUGCGAAUAUCACCAAGAUGUAUGGCUUUUACGAUGAGUGCAAACGUAGGGCGAACUUGAAAGUUUGGAAAAACCUCGUUGAUGUUUUCAACACCCUUCCCGUUGCGGCUACGAUUGCAGAUCGUAUUUUCUGCGUUCAUGGAGGACUAUCCCCUCAGCUGACGGAUCUGAAUCAGAUCAAGAAAAUUCAACGACCUACAGACGUUCCUGAAUCUGGCCUACUGGCAGAUCUUUUGUGGUCUGAUCCGCAAGACCCAACACAAUGUUCUUCCAAGGCUUCUCUUUCUGUGAGUGGAGACUGGUGUGAAAACGAUCGAGGCGUUUCAUACUGUUUCAGUCGAAAGGUUGUUCAGAAAUUUUGCGACCAUUUCCAGUUUGAUUUGGUUGCCAGAGGCCACAUGGUGGUUGAGGAAGGUUAUGAAUUUUAUUCUAAACGGAAGCUUGUAACUAUUUUCUCGGCACCAAAUUAUUGUGGUGAGUUUGACAAUUGGGGCGCUGUCAUGAACGUCAACAAAAAGCUCAUGUGUUCAUUUGAACUUCUCAAACCUUUUUCCGUCAAAAGAAAGAAGUAG